CCGACCCGUAGUUGCUCUCGCUUAACUUUAACAAAUCUACUGUUUAUCCAAAUUAUUGUCAUCUUUGAAUAAAAAACAAUAAAUACUCCCAGAUUCAAGAUGAAUUCGAAAUUAAUUGCAUUAAUUUUAGUGAUAAGUGAAGCCGCAACGGCGGAGAAAGAUAACCCGUCUCAUCGUUUCACUCCAGGAUUAAAUGAAAAGGAAAUCACUGGACCCUGGAGGGAUGAAGAUUACCAUUCAAAAUUACGGAUCCUGAGCCACCCUGCAGGUCACGAGAGAGCACGCAACGUCCCCUUCGAGGUCAAGGUGUUCAGCCCGUUCGUAUUUUUCAUCGGGUUGAUGGGGUCCGCCAUAUACGUCAACGUCAGAUUAAAGCGGAUUUCGAAAACCAAGUCCUCUCUGGAGAAGGAAACUUUGCGGAGAGAACUUCCCCGCGAUUUGGUGCAGACAGCGUUAAUAGUUUUCGGCCUAAUUUACCUAGCUGAUUGCGUAUACGGCUGGGUUCAGGAUGCCGCCUUUGACACGUGGACCUUCUCGGACAGAUUUUCUCUCCAAUUGGGUCCAGUUAAUGAAAGAGUGAAUUUCGACGUCGUAUUUUCCAUGAAAUGGAGGAACCUCCCUGCCACCCAAAGGGGACCACAGGGGGGCAAUUUUGCCACGUAUUUAUCCAGUUUGUUGGAAGAUUUGGAUUCUAAGAUGAAUAACCAGGAGGCUAAAAAUACAUCAUCCUACAACGAGUUGGACGUUUACCUGGCGACGGUUCGUCUCUGGUCGAUAUCGCCCCCGUCUGAGGGGGGAGGAGAUCCGGAAGUGAGGUCAAAAUGGGUCAACUUCCUCAACGAAAUGGCGACAUUUCUGGAAAAACGGAACAGCACAUUUGCAGCUGCAGCCACGCCAUGAAAGGAACGACUAGAAUUACGUACUGAGUACAAACAUUAGGAUACGAUCAAAUACACUCAUUUUUUAUGUCCAUAAAUUUGUUGCAUUUAUAAAACAUUCAUUAUUUUGUAAUUACAUAAUUUUCUAAAUUUACGCAACAUCUAAAACUUAUCGACAAGAAUAAAUACAUAAAUCCUUCCACGU